UUACAAAACCAGUUUGACUCAAGGAGGCUGACAGGAUGCUGAGUGCAGGGAGUGUGGUGUUUCUGCUGGUCCUGGGGUCAGCCUGGACCCUGCAAGUGGCCCCUGUGCACCCCGAACCCCUUAUACUUGCACAGGAGAACUUUAAUCUGAGCCGGUUCAUGGGGAAGUGGUAUGAGGUAGCAGUGGUUGCUACUUGUCCUCACUACAUGCAGCGCAAGAGGGGAAACCCUGUCAUUGUUGCACUGGAGCUGCAGCAUGUUGCCUCUGAGGGCAACAUCACAAUCACAGCCACUAGUUUCAGGAAUGGCAAAUGUAAGCAGACGUCUACAGAUUAUAGUUUGACCAACACUCCAGGACGAUUCUUCUACCACGUUGCAAGGUUUGGAGCAGAUGUUGAUUCCUUUGUGGUUCAUACCAACUAUGAUGAGUACGCAAUGAUGCUUCUGCUGAGCACAGAGAAGCCAUCAGGAAAUAAAACCACCAUAGUAAAGCUUUAUAGUCGAACUAUGAAUGAGACGGCUGGACUGGACAGCUUCAAAACCCUUGUCAGACAACAUGGAAUGAGUGAUGACACUAUCAUCAUGAAUCAAAAUAAAUGUGAAUGUGCUCCAGGUGAACAGGUGACAAUGCCCAUCACUGCUCAGCCUCAGAUUUUUGUUCCUGAGAGGUUGAAAAGAAAUGUGCUGCCACCUGUGCUUCCUGCACAAGAGGAGGAGCUGUUGACCAGUCUACAAGUUGGAGGAGGGGGGAGAGAAAUGGUUAGGCAAAGAGGUGGUCCCCUUCCUGGGAUUCAGUGUCUCAGACUUUAGAGACGAGUGGACAGGCAGGCUGACGGGAUGCAGAAAGCAAUGAUUCUUGUUUCCCUGCUGGUCCUGGGGUGGAGCUGGACUCUCCAGGGGGUCCCUGUUCUCCCAGAACCUCUCUUCCCCACGCAGGAGAACUUUGAUCAGGCCCGGUUUUUGGGAACCUGGCACGAUGUUGCCGUGGCAAGUACGUGUCCCCAUAUGCAAAGUCACAGGACAGAUGCAGCCAUUGGUAAACUGGUUCUGCAGAGCAGCACCCAGGGCAAACUCAAGGCAACUCGAACUGCACUCAGACAUGGAACAUGUAAGGAGAUGUCUGUGGACUAUGAGAUGACCAGCACACCAGGACGAUUCUCUUAUCACAUUGCGAAGUGGGGGGCAGACGUGGAUUCCUAUGUGGUUCACACAAACUACAACGAGUAUGCUAUAAUGAUAAUGAGCAAGCAGAAAUCUUCAGGGACUAAGAGCACCUCAGUGAAACUUUACAGUCGAACUAAGACUGUGAGGGCCACGGUCCUGGCUGACUUCAAAACACUGGCCAGACAACAGGGAAUGACUGAUACCAAUAUUAUCAUUAAGCAGGACAAAGGUGACUGUGUUCCUGGAGAGCAGGUGGCAGAGCCUUCAGCUCAACCUGAGCCUCAGCGAAAGAAGAGAAAUGUGGUGCCUUCUUUGACUGUUGCAGAAGAGGAGGGUUCUGGUGAUGAACCUUUUUUCAAUGGAACGGAGUCCUGUAAAGCAGCACCAGAUACUGGACCUUGUUUUGGGCUUCAUCAGCGUUACUUCUACAACUCCUCUUCAAUGAGCUGUGAACUCUUCAAGUAUGGAGGGUGUAUGGGCAACCAAAAUAACUUUGAAAAUGAGAGAGAGUGUCUGCAGAGAUGUCGCACUGAGGCUGUGUGUCGUCUGCCCAUGGCAGCCCAACCCUGCACAGGCCAGCCACCUAUCUGGGCCUUUGACUCCACCGCCGGUCUGUGUGUGCCCUACAAAGGGGGCUACUGCCAAACCAACGCUAACAAGUUCUACACCAAGGCUGAGUGUGAGGAGUACUGCGGGGUGGUGAAAGAUGGUGCAGAGCUCCUGAAGGCAAACUGAGAAAUAUUGCUGCAUAUCUGAACUUAUCUGUGUGUUUGGGCCCAGGAGU